AUGCAACUCACCAAGAUAUUCCUCUCCUUGUUACCUCUGGUGGCCGCUACUACAUCGCCGGACUAUAGGACAGUCAUUGCCAAGUCGGAUUGCACGGAUAUUGAUGAUUUGGAAAAAGGUUUCACCCUGCUUUGUCCGGUCAUAGUACCCAAACCAAACCCUUAUGUCAAAUACAAGUAUUAUUUCUACAAAGGAGAUCUUUCGGGUCAUUUCAAAGAUACCCAGGCCACAGUGUACUGUCUUUGGGGAUAUCCAAAUGGAACGUAUGAUGAUAAGACUUUUGACGUGUAUAGUAUUUUUGGAGCCAAUGGUAUCGUGUACAACUGA